GGAGGAGGAAGAGGAGGAGGAGAGUUUGGGGAACUUCUUCCACUCACCCCACAUGUUGGAACUUCUCAGCGGACCAAAUGGAGCGGCUGCGGCUCGCCCUCCUGCUCCCGUUGCUAUGGCAAUGUUGCGCCGCGCAGCAAAGAGGGUUGUUCCCAGCGGUGUUGAACUUGGCGUCCAUGGCCGACAUCACCUCCAACGCCACGUGCGGCUCCACGCGUCCCGAGAUGUACUGUAAACUGGUGGAACAUGUGCCUGGUGAGCCAGUGAAAAACCCCCAGUGUCGCCUGUGCGACUUGAGAAGCGCAAAACCAUCUGAACGCCAUCCCAUCCAAUACGCCAUCGACGGGACCAACCGCUGGUGGCAAAGUCCGUCCAUCAAGAAUGGAAUGCAGUAUCACUACGUGACGAUAACACUGGACUUGAAACAGGUUUUCCAGAUCGCUUACGUGAUCAUUAAAGCAGCCAACUCUCCUCGACCUGGUAACUGGAUCUUGGAGCGUUCGAUUGAUGGGGCCACUUUUGAGCCGUGGCAGUUCUACGCCAUCACGGACACGGAAUGCCUGACCCGCUUCAACAUGGUUCCGAAGGUCGGCCAUCCAUCCUACUCCAGAGAUGACGAAGUCAUCUGCACGUCCAUGUACUCCAAGGUCCACCCCCUGGAGAACGGAGAGAUCCACACCUCCCUGAUCAAUGGCCGACCCAGCGCCGACGACCCCUCCCCGACCCUGUUGAACUUCACCUCGGCCCGCUACAUCAGAUUGGUGUUCCAGCGAAUCAGGACUCUCAACGCAGACCUCAUGACUCUGACUCUCAGCGACCCCAAAGAAAUCGAUACCAUUGUGACCAGACGGUACUACUACUCCAUUAAGGACAUCUCAGUCGGAGGAAUGUGUAUCUGUUACGGUCACGCCAAAGCCUGUCCCCUCAACGCUGUCACAAAGAAGUUUAGCUGCGAGUGUGAGCACAACACGUGCGGGGAGAGCUGCGACCGCUGUUGCCCGGGUUACAACCAGCAGCCCUGGAUGGCUGGGACCUUCCUCACGCGCCACAUCUGUGAAAAGUGUAACUGCCACGGCAAGGCGGACCAAUGCUACUUCAAUCAGACGGUGGCCGAUCUGUCACUCAGCCUGGACGUCCAGGGCAAACGCCGAGGGGGCGGGGUCUGCGUCGGCUGCCGGGACGACACCGAUGGUGUCAACUGUCAGAGCUGCAUCGCUGGGUACUUCAGGCCGGAAGAAGUGAGUGCGGAGGACGAGCGGCCCUGCCGCCCCUGCUCCUGUGAUGCUCAUGGAUCCAUCAGCUCUUCGUGUGUUCCGGACUCCAGCCAGGCCACGCCCACUCAGCCAGCAGGGUCGUGCCACUGUAAGGAAGGUUUUGGGGGUCCGCGCUGUGACAGGUGUGCCGUGGGCUACAUGGGCUACCCGUCCUGCCAGCGCUGCAACUGCAGCGUGGAAGGAAGCACCAACGCCGACCCGUGUGUGACUCCCUGCCUCUGCAAGGAGAAUGUGGAAGGGGAGAACUGCGACCGCUGUAAACUGGGAUUCUACAACCUCCAAAGUGAAAACCGGCUGGGCUGUGAGAAGUGCUCCUGCAUGGGGGUUUCCACCCACUGCACCGCCUCCACGUGGACCUACCACAAUGAGACGUCGCUGACCGGCUGGCACCUCACGGGUCACACGGGAGGACGGGUUUGGUCGGUGUACAGAGAAACGCCUCCGUACCUCAGCGUCCGACACUCCGACGUGGUGGACGACCUUGGAUCGGCCUACUACUGGAACGCCCCUGGGAGGUUCCUCGGGAACAAGCUCUCAGCUUACGGCGGGAGCGUGGUCUACGCCGUGUCAUACUCAACUGAUCACCAGGAGCAAGUGGCCAUUCGAGUCACCUCGGAACCAGACCUCAUCAUAGAGGGCGGCGGCGUGAGGCUCGUGGACAGGAGGUAUGGGAAGCCAGUCUACCCCUCCUCACCCGUCACCAAUCGCAUCACUCUGGUUCCGGAGAACUUCCUGUCUUGGGAUACUGCCCAGCCCAUGACCCGCCGUGGUUUCCUGUCUGUGUUGGCGAACGUGACCCGAGUGAUGGUGCGGGCCUCGUACAGCACGGAGCCCUCGGCGGUCUACAGGCUCCACUUGUUUUCCAUGCAGGUAGGAAAUCCCGCAGCCAGAGGAGACAAAACAGCAUCAGCAGUCGAGAUGUGUUCAUGUCCUCCUGGAUAUGCUGGAACUUCCUGUGAGACUUGUGUCGCUGGCUACCGGAGAGUGAACGGAGUCCUGUACAGCGGCGUGUGUGAGGCUUGCCGCUGCCACGGUCACGCUGCCCAGUGUGAUGAGGUCACGGGUCACUGUCAGGACUGCUCCCACCACACCACCGGCCCCCACUGUGAUACCUGUCUGCUGGGUUACUACGGCAACGCCACCCGAGGGACGCCUGCGGACUGUCAGCCCUGCGCCUGCCCUCUCACCCUGCCGAGCAACAACUUCAGCCCCACCUGCCACCUGAGCGGCGACGGCGAGGUGCAGUGCGACCGCUGCCAACCGGGAUACACCGGACCCCGAUGUGACAGAUGCUCCAAUGGAUAUUACGGCCAGCCCAUGGUCCCGGGGGGCUCGUGCCAGCCCUGCGAUUGCCACGGCAACCUGGACCUGUCUGUACCUGGCAGCUGUGAUGCCGUCACCGGACAGUGUCGGCGUUGUCGCCUCGGAUACGGCGGCCCGGCCUGUGACCGCUGCGCUGACGGUUACUACGGUGACGCCAUCGUGGCCAAGAACUGCCAGCCCUGUCAGUGUCACACCAACGGAUCCAUCUCUGAAGUCUGCAACCAGCAGAGCGGCCAGUGCCAGUGCAGAGUCAAUGUGAUCGGACGGCAGUGUGACGAGUGCGUGGCUGAGACACACGGCAUCGCCGCCGGCGGCCACUGUGUCCCGUGUCACUGCAACUCCUUCGGAUCCAAGUCGUUCGACUGCGACGAGAACGGUCAGUGCCGCUGCCAGCCGGGAGUCGCCGGACCCAAGUGCGACCGCUGCGCUCGAGGGUUCUUCAACUUCCAGGAGGGCGGAUGCACUCCCUGCCAGUGCAGCCACGUGGGCAACAACUGCGACGCCAGCACGGGCCAGUGCAUCUGCCCCCCCAACACCGUCGGAGAGCGGUGCGACCGCUGCGCCCCCAACCACUGGGGUCACGACAUCAUGACGGGAUGCAAGGAGUGCGGCUGCAGCGUGAUCGGCUCGCUGACGCCGCAGUGCAACAUCAACACCGGCUGCUGCCAGUGCCACGACGCCUUCAGAGGAGAGAAAUGCAACGAGUGUCAGCUGGGACACCGAGAUUUCCCUCAGUGCACGAGGUGUGAGUGCGUCGUCGCUGGGUCAGACGGCCAGACGUGCGACUUGGAGAGAGGAGUGUGUGGCUGCGCCGAGCGGACCGGCAGGUGCAGCUGCAAGGAAAAUGUGAUGGGAGACAACUGUGGCCUCUGCAAGCCGCACACCUUUGGGUUGUCGGUGCAAAACCCUCUGGGAUGCAGCAAAUGCUACUGCUACGGACUGACACACUCCUGCACGGAGGCCCAGGGGCUCAUCAGGAUGUGGUUGGCGCUGAGGCCAGAGCAGACGGUGCUCCCCCUGGUGGAUAAAGGCAACACAGUGGAGACCCAAAGCGGAGUGAGCUUCCAGCACCCGGAGAUCCUGGCCCACUCUGAGCUGGUCUCUGCUGUUCUCUCUGAGCCGUACUACUGGAAAUUGCCCGAGCAGUUCAGAGGCUCCAUGAUCACAGCGUACGGCGGGAAGCUCAAAUACGCGGUGUACUACGAGGCGCGGGAGGAAACGGGGCCGUCCUCGUACGAGCCGCAGGUGAUCAUCAAGGGCGGUCCCAACCGCAACAUCGUGAUGACCCGCCACGUUCCCGGGCUUCACAUCGGCCAGCUGACGCGCCACGAGCUGGACAUGACUGAGCACGAGUGGAAGUACGCGGACGGCCGCUCCAUGACCCGAGAGGACUUCAUGGACGUCUUGUUCUACGUGGACUACAUCCUCAUCAAGGCGUCGCACGGCGGCGUGAUGAGGCACAGCCGGAUUUCGGAGAUCAGCCUGACUGUCGCUGAAGAGGGCAGGGCCAGCACCGAGAGCGAGAGAGCCCACCAGAUUGAGAAGUGCGACUGUCCACUCGGCUACUCCGGAUUCUCCUGUGAGGAGUGCGCCGCAGGUUUCUACCGACUUGGCAGCGGCGCGGCGGCGUCCGCCCCGGCGUCCGCGGCGCCCAGCGCCGCUGGCAUGGGCAGCUGCGUCCAGUGCCAGUGCAGCGGCCACUCGUCCACCUGUGACCCCGACACCUCCAUAUGCCAGAACUGUCAGGACAACACGGAGGGGGACCAGUGUGAGCGCUGCGCGCCGGGCUUCUACGGCGUGGUCCGAGGUUUCCCCGACGACUGCAAGCCCUGCGCCUGUCCCCUCACCAGCCCGCAGAACAAUUUCAGUCCCACUUGUGUGGCGGAGGGUUUCAGUGACUACAGGUGCACGGCGUGUCCCGAAGGCUACGAGGGCAAAUACUGCGAGAGGUGCUCCACUGGUUACCACGGUAACCCCCAGCUGCCCGGCGGUCACUGCGAGGAGUGUAAGUGCUCGGUGUGGGGGGCGUGGCCCGCGCCGUGUGACCCUGUCACGGGCCAAUGCCAGUGCAGGGAUGGGGCCACGGGGACGGCGUGUGACGGCUGCAUGGACAGGCAUGUGUGUGGACCCGCAGGCAUCACCUCCUGCGACGACGACUGCUCGGGCCUGCUGAUCAGCGACAUGGACCGUCUGUACCGCAUCAUCACCGACGUCACCCUCACCACCCCGCUGCCGCCGCCGUACAAGAUCCUCUACCACUUUGAGAACAUGACUGAGGAGCUGAAGCACAGACUGUCGCCGCUGAAAGCUCCGGAGAGGUUACUGCAGCUGGCCGACUCCAACCUGGGAUCCCUGGUGGUGGAGAUGGACCAGCUCCACAGCCGGGCCACGAAGGUGUCUGCCGACGGAGAACAAGUGGAGGACGACGCCGACAGAAUCCAUCAGCGAGCCGAGGAGCUGGAGCGCUUCAUCAGGGACACGCUGCUGGGAGCCCGAGACCUCCAGCUGAAGGCUGCAGAGUUGAAUCGGACUCUGUCUCGGAAGGACGGAACCCCAGAGAAAAGUCUGAACCAGAUGAAGGCAGAGAUCCAGGCCAUGAUGGAGGAGAUGAGGAAGCGACAGCUGAGCGGGAAGAAGAGCGUCGCCGAUGAGGAGAUGACUCUGGCCGAGGAGCUGCACCAGAAGGUCAAGCGGAUGUUCGGAGAUCCCCAUCAGGCCACCGAGGAGCUGAAGACAGAGGUCAAGGGGAAGCUGUCGGACCACGGGUCCAAGCUGCAGGAGGCUGAGGAGCUGCUGUACUCUGCGCAGGGACAGACCCGGCUGGCUGGAGCCAUGGCCCACCACAACAAGGCCAACCUCACCAACCUGCAGAGGAAACACGCCGCUGUGACCGGGCUGGCGCAGGAGACGCAGAAGGUUCUGGGGGAAGGUGAAGGCCAUCUGGAGGAGGCCAACCAGCUCUCUGAUGCCAUCAACAAGGAGAUCGAGGACUUGGAGAUGAUGGGAAGAGAGCUGGCUCCUCUCCACGACCAACUGGACGGCAGAGUCCGAGUCCUGACCGACGGGCUGAGCGACGGCCGUCUGGCCAAUCACGUGUUUGACGCCGAGGAGCACGCCAAGCAGCUGAACGAAUCGGCUGCCAUCUUGGACGGGAUCCUGGCCGAAGCCAAGAACCUGUCCUUCAACGCCACUGCGGCCUUCAAAGCCUACACCAACAUUAAGGUCAACAUCGACGCGGCGGAGAAAGAAGCUAAAGUGGCCAAGCAGAGGGCGUCUGAGGCGCUGGCGCUGGCUUUAGGUCCAGAGGUGCCCGUGAAGGAGGAAGCCCAAGCUGCUCAUCAGAAGAGUCUCAACCUGCUGAACCAGGCCAUGCGUCUCCAGAGUGAUGUCCAAGAGAACGCAGACAGUGUGACCGGGCUGAAGGAGCGAGUCAAAGCUGCCCGAGACAGAAGCAAAGAUCUGCUCCGAGCCGUCAACGGAACCAUGGCGACGCUCAGCUCCAUCCCCAACGACACCGCCGCCAAGCUAGCAGCCAUCAAGUCGCGCGCGGCUGAUGCUAACGCUACCGCGCUGGACGUCCUGGAGCGCCUGGCGGAUUUGAACCUUCAACUGCGUGGCAUCCAGAAGAACUGCAGCGACCUGGAGGACACGGUGAACGCCGCCAACCAGAUGAUCCAGGACCCCGAGAAAAACAUCCACGCCGCCGGAGCCAAGGUCAAGGAUUUACAGGACGAGGCCGAGCGGCUGCUGGAGAAGCUGCAGCCCAUCAGGAGGCUGCAGGACAACCUGAGGCGGAACAUCUCGCAAAUCAAGGAGCUCAUCACCCAGGCCAGGAAGCAGGCCAACUCGAUCAAGGUCUCUGUGGCGUCGGGCGGAGACUGUCUGCGAAGUUACCGGCCGGAGAUCAGGAAGGGAAGAUACAACACCAUCGUCCUCCACGUGAAGACCACCACACCCGACAACCUGCUCUUCUACCUGGGCUCCGCCAAAUACGUGGAUUUCCUGGCGCUGGAGAUGCGUAAGGGGAAGGUGAGCUUCCUGUGGGACGUCGGCUCCGGUGUCGGGAGGGUGGAGUACCCGCAUCACACCAUCCAUGACGGCAACUGGCACCGGAUCGAAGCGUCGCGGAACGGCUUGAACGGCACAAUAUCAGUGUACCCUCUAGAGGGCACCAUGGCGGGGAUGAUGCCCACCCCGGCCAGCGCCAACUCGCCCACCGCCUACACCAUCCUGGACGUAGACCACAACGCCUACCUGUUUGUGGGAGGAAUCCUGGGGAGAGCCAAGAAGGCGGAGGCCGUGCGGACGUCGACAUUCACCGGCUGCAUGGGAGAGACCUUCUUGGAUGGCAAGGCCAUCGGACUGUGGAACUACAGGGAGAGACACGGGGACUGCAAGGGAUGUGUGGUCAGCCCGCAGCGCUCCGACGGCGAGGGCACCGUCCAGAUGGACGGUGAGGGCUACGCCGCCGUGGGACGCCCCACCAGGUGGAACCCCAACAUCUCCACCAUCACCUUCAAGUUCCGCACCUUCUCCUCGGACGCCUUGCUCAUGUACCUCGCCACAGAAGACAUGAAGGACUUCAUGUCUCUGGAGCUCACGGGCGGUAAGGUGAAGGUGAACUUUGACCUGGGCUCCGGGGUCGGCAGCGCUGUGUCGGGCAGCCGUCACAACGAUGGACGGUGGAAGUCGCUCACCAUGUCCAGGAACAAAAAGCAGGCCGCCGUCAUCGUGGUGGACGUGGACAGCGGGGCAGAAGAGAAGGUGGCUGCCGCCUCGCAGGGUCCAGCGACCGGACUGAACCUCAGAGAGAACCAGAAGAUCUACUUCGGAGGCCUCCCCACGGUGGGGAACUACAGCAGCAUGAAGGCCAGGUCGGAGGUCAAUCUGAAGCGCUACGCCGGAUGUCUCCGGGACAUCGAGGUCUCCAGAACGCCGUAUAACCUCCUCAGCAGCUCAGACUACACCGGCGUCAGCAAAGGCUGCAACGUGGAGAACCUCUACACCGUCAGCUUCUCCAAGCCAGGCUUCGUGGAGCUGACUGGCUUCCUGCUGGACGUCGACACCGAAGUCAGCCUGUCCUUCAGCACGCUGGCCGACACCGGCACCAUCCUCCUGGCUGUGGGCGGAGCCCCGCCCUCCAACCAGCAGACUCGGAACACAAACUCGCUCAGUUCGAAGAGAAGACGGAGGCAGUCUGGGGAGCCCUUCCUCUCCGUCAUGCUGAACAAAGGCAACCUGGAAGUCCUGCUCUUCACCGGCAGCCACAGUCCGCGCCGCGUGGUCCGCCGAGCAGAGCACGGCGCGCUGAACGACGGGCGCGAGCACUCGCUGCGCAUCGAGCGGCUGCCUGGCAGGUCAUUCGCAGUCCAGGUGGACGAGGAGGCCAAGAAGGAGGCGGCGCUUCCCAACGACCAGCCCAUCGGCUUGAAGCGCGUCUUCCUGGGCGGGAUUCCUGCGGACGUGGAGCAGUCGUCCAACAGAGCCAACGUCCCGUUCCAGGGCUGCAUCUGGAACCUCAUGGUCAACGCUGUCCUCUCCGACUUCUCGCAGCCCAAAUCCUUCGAGAAUGCUGAGAUCGGCCAGUGUCCCAAUCUGGCCCCGCAACCGGCUCCUCUGCCGGAGGCGGAGGAGGAGGAGGAGGAGGAGGGGGAGGAGGGGUCCCGACCGGUCGGCCUGACGCCGCCACCUGCCACACCAGCGCCCCCUGCUGUGGCGACACCUGCUGCCACGCCUGUCGCGCUGCCGCCCGUCGACGACACGGACUCGUGCGCGUCUGCCGGCGCCCCGCCCACCCUGGACGACGCCUUCCAGUUCGGCCUGACCCGGAACAGCCACAUGAGCUUCAAGUUCGACGACACCAAAGUCCGAGAGAAGUUGAUCCUGGAGUUUGAGCUCAGGACCAGGGAGGAGGCCGGACUCGCCCUCUACAUGGCCAGAAUCAACCACGCAGACUUCGUCGCCAUCCAGAUCAAGAGUGGCCAGGUGUGUCUGAGCUACGACCUGGGUCACGGGAACACCUCCGCCUGCGUCCCGCGCUCCGUCAACGACGGCAUGUGGCACAAGAUUCGGGUGAACCGUGUGAAGCAGCGCGCCGGCCUCCUGGUGGACAACCGCUUCGGCAAGCAGAUGAUCUCCCCCAAGAAGGCCGACCUGCUGGACGUGGUGGGCGUGGUCUAUGUCGGGGGGCUGCCUCAGAACUACACCACCAAGAGGAUCGGACCGGUUCUGUACAGCAUCAACGGCUGCAUCCGGAACUUCAAGAUGGUGGGAGGCCCGGUCUCCACUGCGCCGUCGGGUCCAGGGCAACCCGAGACCAACAUGGAGGAAUUCCAGUUCGACAUGGCAGCACCCGACUCACGUCACAUGGUGGGAAGUUGCUUCACCGCGAGCGAGUCGGGAACUUACUUUGACGGGACCGGGUACCUGAAAGCCGUGUCCAGCUACAGGGUUGGACUGGACGUCUCCAUCUCUCUGGAGUUCCGGACCACUCGGACUAACGGAGUCCUGCUGGCCGUCAGUAACCGCGGCAACGAUGGGCUGGGCCUGGAGAUGGUCCAGGGAAAGCUCCUCUUCCACGUGGACAACGGCGCCGGGCGCUUCACGGCGCAGCACCAGGGCGACGGCUUCUGCGACGGCCAGUGGCACACAGUCACCGCCAACAAGCUCCGGCACCGGGCCGAGCUGCUGGUGGACGGGUCCAGGAGUCAGGCAGAGAGCCCCCACCCUCGCUCCAACACCUGCGACACCAACGACCCCAUCUACGUGGGCGGACAUCCAGAUGGCGUCCGCCAGGUGGCGCUCUCCAGCAGCAGGUCGUUCCGAGGCUGCAUGAGGAACCUGAGGAUCACCAAAGCCUCCAAAACCCUGGAGGUCCAGUUCAACAAGGCCUCGGAGAUGAGGGGAGUCCAGCCGGGGUCCUGCCCCGCCGCCUGACCUCCUCCCCUCCCCACAGCCACGAAUCGAGUCUGUCCGUCCCCAGUGACCUGGAAGUGGAGCAGCUCUGUCAUGAGGCCGAACUGGAGAGGAGACAGGAAGCUUUUCCCGUCGACUAACCUGGUGUCAUGUGUUCACGCUCUGAUGAACAACCUCGGAGUUGUGCACGGUGUGAGGACAAUUAUACUCAUGUUUC